AGGAAUCCGGUAAGACAAGAGGAGGUGCAUUGUGCAUUUAUGUCAAUAAAGCUUGGUGUACGAACUCUGUCAUUGUCGGAAGACACUGCUCGGCUAACCUUGAGUUUCUCAUGGUUAAAUGUAGACCAUUUUAUCUGCCACAGGAAUUCACUUCCACCAUUAUAACGGCAGCUUAUAUUCCACCUGAUGCUGAUGCCAAGCUUGCCAUGAAAUAACUUCAUGCAGCCAUCAGUAAACAACAGACUACUCACCCGUAGGCUGCAUUUAUUGUUGCGGGAGAUUUUAAUCACUCUAACUUAAAAACAGUGCUCCCUAAAUUUCACCAGCAUGUUUCCUGCCACACAAGAGGAAACAAAACUUUGGAUCAUGUCUAUACAAACCUGGCUGAAGCUUACACUGCGACCCCCCUCCCCCACCUGGGUCAAUCUGAUCACCUUUCUUUGUUCCUCACCCCCAAGUAUUCACCUCUCAUUAAUCGUGUGAAGCCAUCAGUGAAGACCAUCAAGGUGUGGCCUGCGGGGGCAGACUUUACACUCCAGGAAAGGUUUCUACACACAGACUGGAGUAUGUUUGCUUCUCAGGCCACCAGUGGCUCUCACACGGACAUAGACAGCUACACCUCCUCUGUAUUGGACUACAUCAAUACCACCAUUGAUAAUGUCACAGCUCAAAAGCAGAUCACCAUAUACCCAAAUCAGAAGCCAUGGAUGAACAAGGAAGUGCGCCUCCUGUUGAAAGCACGCAUAACCGCCUUCAGAUCAGGUGAUGCACAGGCUAUUGGUACAUAGCCUAUAGUACUUCCAGGGCAAAUCUGAAGAGGGGCAUCAAAAAGGCCAAGCACUGCUACAAGCUGAAGCUAGAGGAGCAUUUUACCAAUUCUGACCCUCGACGCAUGUGUCAGGGCAUCCAGGCCAUUAGUAACUACAAACCCAACCACUCCAUCCCCAUAGCCACAGAUGCUGCCUUUCUGAACGAGCUUAAUGACUUUUAUGCACGCUUUGAGAGAGACAAUAAGGAACCCGCCACCAGACUCACACCUUCUAUUGACCACCCAAUCAUCACACUAAACUCCACAGAUGUUUACACUGCACUAAGCCGGAUAAAUGCACACAAGGCUGCUGGUCCUGAUGGCAUCCCUGGUCGCGUACUCAGGGCAUGUGCGGAGCAGCUCGCUGGGGUCUUCACGGAUAUCUUCAACCUGUCCCUCGCCCAAGCUGUGGUUCCAGCAUGUUUCAAAUCCACCUCAAUUGUGCCCAUUCCAAAACAUUCCAGCCCGACAUACCUGAAUGACUACCGUCCUGUAGCACUCACAUCCAUUGUUAUGAAGUGCUUUGAGCGGCUGGUCUUGUCACAACUAAAAGACUCUUUACCAUCCACACUGGACCCAUACCAAUUUGCCUACCGUAGCAACAGGAGCACAGAUCAUGCGGUGUCCAUGGCGCUGCACUCCGUGCUCACACAUCUGGAUAAUAAGGACACUUAUGCACGCAUGCUGUUUGUAGACUUCAGCUCUGCAUUCAAUACCGUCAUCCCUUCCAAGCUAAUCAUCAAACUUGGAAACCUAGGCAUUAAAAAUUCAACCUGCAACUGGAUUAUGGACUUCCUGACGAACAGGCCUCAGCUUGUUAGGCCUGUGAAUGGACCUAACUUCUUUAUCAAGUUCGCAGACGAUACAACAGUGAUUGGUCUCAUCAGCAACAACGAUGAGACUGCUUACAGGGAGGAGGUACGGCACCUGGCCACAUGGUGCUCAAACAACAACCUGCUCCUUAACACCUCCAAGACAAAGGAAAUCAUUGUGGACUUCAGGAAGGCGAAAGGAGGCACACACGAUCCCAUCCACAUUAAUUCCUGGACACACCUGGACCUCAUCACUUCCUGUUUGCUGAGAGAGCGUGGUUUGAGACAGAGCUCCGUCAAACUUUUUCUAAAUAUAUCGUUUAUUCCUGUUAUUUCUUAAUAUUUAUAUUGUAAAUUGAUAACUCACAGAGGGUUAAACCUAUCCUUAAGUGUAUCCCAUACCAAAUAUCGUCAUAUAACGCACAGAUAGAUUUGUUUUAUACGAUCAUUCGCUAUUAGCACUCAGGCUGUUAGCAUUCCCAGCCUUUAGUUUCUGAAUAUUGCCUUUACUGCUUAACUCACUGUUCUCAUUAUGACACCACUAAUGGCUUAUGAUUCAGAUAUGUGUUUAUCGUUACCUUUGAGUGCAGAUGAUGAAUCUUUCUUCGCACUUCAGUCAGAACUGGAAGUAUUGGAGAAGCAGAUCCACGAUCUACUCGAGAGGCAAACACGUCUGCGAGAACGUAAAACGGCGAUGGAAACAUCCCGGGCUGACGCUCGCAAAGCUGCGGUAAGUGUUCGACGUGAUUGUAAUACUCCUAUCACUUCUACUCCGUGUGUUUCUAUGCACAGAGCCCAGGCUUCAAGAUCACGACGAGCCGAAAUGAACUUCACUCCUGCACCUGCACACACACGGCGGAAGGCGAAAUCCAGGACCGGAGCGAUGACCUCUCCCCGACCGCCGCGACCGGUCUUCGAGAUUUCUACGAGAAAUCGCUUUGCCGCCCUCUGCGAGACGAAAUCCAACGCUGUGGUCAUCGGAGACUCAAUCGUCCGGAACGUACGCGCCUCCUUCAAUGAAGGUAAGGUGCGCACUCACUGUUUUCCUGGCGCCCGUGUUCUCGAUGUGUCUGCGCAGGUAACUGCGAUUCUGAAGGAGGAUGCAAGAGUAGGAGCCGUAGUUCUGCACGCGGGGGUGAAUGAUGUGAGAAUGCGGCAGUUGGAGAUCCUGAAGAGGGACUUCAGGAGUCUGGUCGAUACUGUUCGCAACGCAUCGCCCACGGCGAGGAUCAUCGUAUCAGGGCCGCUUCCAACUUACCGACGAGGGAACGAAAAGUUCAGUAGACUAUUUAUGCUUAAUAAUUGGUUAAUGUCAUGGUGUAUUGAACAGAAGCUGCUCUUUGUAAAUAAUUUUGAUCUGUUCUGGGAGUGACCUAGGCUUUUCCGCCCCGACGGGCUGCACCCCAGCAGCAUUGGAGCGGAAAUUCUGUCUGACAACAUCUCAAAGACGCUACGCACCAUUUGACUAGUAAGUACAAAUUUUAACUACAGUCUGUGUUCUUCUCACCCAACUGUUAAGAAUGUUACUGCUUUCAAAUGCAUAGAGACUGUGUCUGUCCCCCGAAUAAUACAACCAAAUAAUAAUUUAUUUAAAAGUCAGAGAAAAAAUCUUAUCAUGAUUAAACCAAAAGACAAUAUAUUUAAUGAGCAAAACCAAUGCCUAAAGUUUGGGCUACUUAAUAUUAGAUCACUAAAUCCAAAAGCAGUUAUUGUAAAUGAAAUGAUCACAGACAACAGUUUUGAUAUACUUUGCCUCACUGAAACCUGGCUUAAGCCAAAUGAUUAUUUUGGUCUAAAUGAGUCUACUCCUCCAAGCUACGGUUAUAUUCAUGAGCCACGUCCGGUUGGUCGAGGUGGUGGUGUCGCAACAAUCUUUAGAGACUUUCUUACCGUUACUCGGAGAACAAUGCAUACAUUUAAAUCAUUUGAAAUGCUUGCGUUGAACAUAACAGUUCCAAACAAAAGUAAAAAAUCAUUGAUCUCUCUUACAUUGGUUACUGUGUAUAGACCCCCUGGGCCUUACACUAAUUUUCUGAUAGAGUUCGCAGACUUCUUAUCGGAUCUAUUGGUUAACGUCGAUAAAGUACUGAUUGUUGGAGAUUUUAAUAUCCACGUAGACAGUGCUAACGAUCCAUUAGCUGUGGCGUUUAAAGAACUACUAGACUCUUGUGGUGUAACACAAUACAUCAAUAGACCUACUCAUCGCCUUAAUCAUACCCUAGACUUGAUUAUAUCUCACGGAGCCGAUCUAACCAAUAUCGAUAUUAUACCUCAAAGCGACGAUGUUUCCGAUCAACAUCUUAUAAUAUGUACACUGCGCACUGCAGAAAUCAGUUGUAUAUCUUGUUAUCGACAAGGUAGAACAAUCACCUCAACUACUAAAGAUAGUUUCGUAAAGAACUUGCCAGAUCUGACUUCUCUAAUAACCUUUCCAACGAAUAUAAAAUUGCUCGAUGACAUGACCAGCAACAUGGGCACUAUUUUCUCUAAUACAUUAGAAGCGGUCGCACCUAUGAAGUCAAAAAGGAUAAAUGAAAAGAACAUAGCACCAUGGUAUGAUAACACCACUCGCGCCCUAAAAAGAGAAACGCUUAAACUGGAGCGAAAAUGGAAACAAACCCAAUUAGAGGUCUUUAAAAUUGCAUGGAAAGAGAGUGCAAGCUGUUACAAAAAGGCACUAAAAGCAGCAAAAGCCGAGCACUUCCGUAACCUCAUAGAAAAUAACAAAAACAAUCCAAGGUUUUUAUUUAGUACAAUUGCUAAAUUAACAAACAAACAGACUCCACCUGACCUGGGUAUUCCGCCGCACCUUGGUAGCAAUGAAUUCAUGAAUUUUUUUACCGAGAAAAUCGAAAUAAUACGAGACAACAUAGCUAAAACCAAACCUCCAAGUUUGUCGGAAGAAUUAGUUUCAACCGUCACCCAAAAAGAAAAGCUAGAGUGUUUUUCUCCUAUAAAUCAGGAAGAUUUAAUUAAAAUUAUUGCAACAUCCAAACCGACGACAUGCUUAUUAGACCCCAUUCCGACUACUUUAUUAAAAGAGUUACUACCUGCUGUAAUUGAGCCCAUUUGUAACAUAAUCAACUCGUCUAUUAAUCUAGGACAUGUCCCAGGACCCUUUAAACUGGCUGUAAUUAAGCCUCUUAUCAAAAAACCAAAUUUAGACCCAAAUGAACUUGGAAGCUAUAGACCGAUUUCAAAUCUCCCGUACUUGUCUAAAAUACUAGAAAAAGUAGUGUCAACUCAACUGUGUACCUUCCUACAAAAUAAUGACAUGCACGGAAAGUUUCAGUCUGGCUUUAGACCGCAUCACAGCACUGAAACUGCGCUCGUUAGAAUUACAAAUGACCUUCUUAUUGCUUCAGAUAAAGGAAACAUCUCACUCUUAGUCCUGCUUGACCUUAGUGCUGCUUUCGAUACUGUAGACCAUAAAAUACUACUAGAUCGUUUACACCAUUAUAUCGGUAUUCAGGGACAGGCACUGCAAUGGUUCAGAUCUUACUUAACAGACCGAUAUCAAUACGUCCAUUUAAAUGGGAAAUCGUCAAAUCUUAAGCAAGUCAAUUAUGGAUUACCUCAGGGAUCGGUUUUAGGACCCUUGCUUUUCUCCAUAUACAUGCUGCCCCUCGGCAACAUUAUUAGAAAACAUGGAAUUAGCUUCCACUGUUAUGCAGAUGAUACUCAGCUAUAUAUCUCAUCAAGACCAGAUGAUUCCUUUAAGCUAUCCAAACUGGCAGAGUGCAUCGAGGACAUAAAACAUUGGAUGACUAGUAAUUUCCUCCUUUUAAACUCUAGCAAAACAGAAAUAUUACUUAUAGCACCAAAAUUAAGUAAACCGAAUAUCUCCGAUUACAGCCUGCAAAUUGAAAGCUGCACUGUUACUCCAACAAAUACAGUUAAAGACCUAGGCGUUAUAUUAGACGGCAACCUGUCAUUUAAAAAUCACAUCUCAAAUAUCACAAAAACAGCCUUCUUCCACCUUAGAAAUGUUGCCAAAUUACGAAAUAGUUUAUGUGUUGCAGACGAAGAAAAGCUUAUUCAUGCAUUUGUGACCUCACGGCUUGACUAUUGUAAUGCUCUACUUAGUGGUUGUCCUGUAUCAUCGAUAAACAAACUACAGUUAGUUCAGAAUGCAGCUGCCAGAGUUCUUACUAGGUCAAGAAAAUACGAUCACAUAACCCCAGUUUUAUCAUCGCUUCACUGGCUACCCAUUAAGUAUCGCAUUGAUUUUAAAAUUAUUUUAAUUACUUACAAAGCCCUGAACGGUUUAGCACCUACUUACUUAACCGAGCUUUUAUCACGUUACAACCCAUCACGCUCGCUGAGAUCUCAAAACUUAGGACUUUUGACAAUACCUAGAAUAACAAAAUCCACCAAAGGUGGACGAGCUUUCUCAUACGUAGCACCUAAACUCUGGAAUAGCCUUCCUGAUACUAUUCGAGGGUCAGACACACUCUCCCAAUUUAAAUCUAGAUUAAAGACACAUCUUUUCAGCCAAGCUUUCACUUAAUGCAUAGUUAAUGAACAGCAGCUACGCUAAUUAUUCUCUUUAUUCUCUUUCCGCCUCUGCCUCGGGAUGCCCAUCCCGAGGUAGGAAGAAGUUCCACCAUGACCAGACGACCGACAGAUGCCCAUCCCCAUGCCCAUCCCGAGGUAGGAAGAAGUUCCACCAUGUCCAGAUGACCGACAGAUGCCCAUCCCCAAUUUGAGAUUACACCAGAUACAGCUGCAGACUGACUGACCAUCACAGCUCCAUCUAAGGCAAUUCCACCAGCUGCCAAGAGAAAUAUGACCAUCGGACCAUCCCAGCUCAGACCACUACAUCCCCAACCAAGAGCAAAGACGGACUAUUUGUCUUAUUAAUGCUGAAGUUACAAUAUUUGGUAUUAAAUGCUAAACUAAAAUCACAUGUCACCAGUCUGAGUGCAGCUAUGACACGUCAGAGGGGAUCUGGCCCUCCCGGUUGAGCCUGGUUUCUCCCGAGGUUUUUUUCUCCAUUAAUCAAUCAUUGGAGUUUGGGUUCCUCGCCACAGCAGGGCAGUGUUGGCCUGCUCACCGGGAGACUGCAUUCAUUCAUUUAUUUAUUUAUUUAUUUAGAAAUUAGAUGUUAUUUAUUAGAAUGAACUUACUCGUUGUAUAAAUACCAUGCACUGUGCUGUGUUUUAACUGUUCUGUUUUUCCUGUUUGCCCCUGUAAAGCUGCUUUGAAACAAUACACAUUGUGAAAAGCGCUAUAUAAAUAAACUUGAAACUUGAAUUAACGGGACGGCUGUUGAACGUGUUUCCAGUUUUAAGUUUCUGGGGACCCAUAUUUCGGAGGACCUGUCCUGGACCACCAACACCUCAUGCAUGGUCAAGAAGGCUCACCAGCGUCUCUUCUUUCUGAGGACACUGAAGAAGAACCAACCAUCUUCAACUAUCCUGGUGAACUUCUAUCACUGCACGAUAGAGAGCAUCCUGACCAACUGUGUCACAGUCUGGUACGGGAACUGUUCUGUUGCUGAGCGCAAGGCACUGCAGCGGGUGGUGAAAACAGCCCAGCGCAUCACAGGAACUACACUCCCUUCCAUUGAGGACAUCCAAAAGAAACAGCUCGCAGCAUUAUAAAGGACUCCUCUCACGCCGCUCAUAGACUGUUUACUCUCCUGCCUUCCGGUAGGCGCUUCAGGUGCCUCCGGACAAGAACCAGCAGACUAGGAAACAGCUUUUUUCCCAGAACUGUUUCACUAUUGAACUCUGCUCCCCACUGAUUCCACUACCCCUCAUAACAUGACUGAACUGUACUCACCAGUACUUCAUGUUAUCUGCUCUACCGGACUGUUUACACACAUAUAGCAUCAUUUGCACUCUAUACUGCUCACUUGCACACCAGGAAUAUUACACUGAAUGUGUCAUGGUUUCACCUCUCCUUGUCAGGUAUUUCUUGGUUUAGAGAUGGAAUCAUACAGAAUCCUUUGUUUCAUGUGGGGAGAGAUGUUUUUGACCUUGUGGCCUUCCAUACUCACCCCAAGUCGCGUCAUCCCCCUCCUGUUUCCUAGUUUGUGUUAAUUAGCUUUCCUUGAUUGUUUAUCCCCUGCACCUGUUCCCUCUUGGUUCCUUCUCCCUGGUUCAUUGUGUGUACUUGUGAUCUUUGCUCUGUAUGUACUUCGUAGUCCUAGCUUUUCAUGUACCUUAGAGGCUUUCUUGAACCUUUAUCUAGUUUUUUGAGUUAUUGCCUGUCCUCAUUGUUUCUGCUUCUCAUUGUUCCUGUUUUAUCCUAGAAAGUGUUAAAUUCAGUUUAUGUAAAGUUUAGUUCAGUUUAGUGUCAGUCAGUCCUCUCUAGUUAAUCUUGUUUGUUCAUUUUUACCCCAUCGUGGGUCUUUGUUUUGCUUUUCUAAUAAAGUUUUUGUUAUUCUCAUCUGCA